UUUCCCAAUUGUUUUUUAAAAUCCCCUCCGAACACAGAUUCCUUCCUUCACCACGCCACACUUCUCUCUCUCUUCCUCACACAGUCUCUCUCCAAGUUCACACAUGGCCUUCGAUCUUCACCAUGGCUCAGCGACGGAUCAGCAGCUUUCAUCAGAAUUUCAGAGUCCGCCUCAACAGCCACCGAUUACUCUCCCGCCUUAUCCUCAGAUGAUAAUGGAAGCAAUCGAGUCCCUGAACGACAAGAACGGCUCCAACAAAACGACGAUCGCAAAGCACAUCGAGUCAACUCAGCAGACCUUACCGCCGUCUCACUCGACACUGCUCAGCUUCCAUCUCAACCAGAUGAAGAAGACCGGUCAGCUUCUCAUGGUGAAAAACAAUUACAUGAAACCAGAUCCAGAUGCUCCUCCCAAACGCGGUCGCGGCCGUCCUCCCAAGCAGAAAACCCAGACAGAAUCUGCCGUCGCUGCUGCCACCGUCACUGAAACAACCGUCGCCGCAGAUCCGCCUAGAUCUCGAGGUCGUCCACCGAAGCCGAGAGAUCCGUCGAUUCAGCCCGAGGAGAAGAUCGCCAGCGGAUCUGGAAGACCACGUGGACGACCACCGAAGAGAUCCAAAACAGAUUCGGAGACGGUUUCAGAUGCUGCUGCGGCGGCGCCGGAACCAGCAGCUCAGUCGACCGGUGAGCGUAGAGGACGUGGGAGACCGCCGAAGGUGAAGACGAAUGUGGUUGCGCCGGUUGGGUGUUGAAUUCUUUUUGGGGAUUUUGCAACUCUCAAAAGCUUUACUUACUAAAAAUGGAAUCUUUUAGAGAGAAAGAGAGUGCGCCUUAGCUUAAGUAGAUUUAGUUUAGUUCCUUUUGCUAUUUGAUUGUAAAAUUUAUAUCUUCUAUUUCUGACUAGUCUUGUGUGUUGUUGUUUAGUCCUUUUGAGGAUUUAGUCCUUUCAGAGACUGAAAUAUUAAGUGUAUUGUGAUUUUUGCAUGUUUUCUGUAAACUUUAGUUCUCUCCUUUGUAGUUUGAACAAAGCGCUUCUUUAAUUUCAUCAUCGGUUU